AUGAUCAAUUCCGACGACCACGCCACGUGGAGCCACGUGCCAGCUAUGCAAUUUGACACGGACCUGGCGUACCAUCGCUCUCACGACCUCGCCAUGGACGACAACGUCAAGAUCAAUGGCGGAUGCAACGACACUUAUCCAGCUGCGGUGUAUGCAGUUGAAGUGGCGGUGACCCCCACGACCUCGGGCGUCGCCAUCCGUGCAGCGUACGAUCGAUCGCGAAUCGACCAAGUGGCCGUCCGCAGGGUAGCUGUUAGUACGUAA